CUCAACCUUUAAGUUUGGCAGGAACACAAGUACCACAAAAACGCGACAAUGUUGUGGAGCAGCAAAAGAUUGAGGAAGAUUUUUGUGAUAGGAAUUUUAGCUCUCAUACUCUCAUCCAUUGUCACCAACACUUACUGGAGCAAAAGGAGCAAGUCUUCUUUCUGGCAUGUUGCCUCUUCAAUCACUUUGACAAAUUGGGAUGAUCGCAGCAGCAACACUAGCGUUCUCAUCUGGCCAGCUCCAAGAAAUCUCUCCCAAGGCUCUAUUUUGAUGACACUGUCCAGGCAAUUUUCUAUAAGUUUUUCAUCAGCGGCUGGGGAAAAUCUGGAAGUCUUGCAAGCAGGAAUUGAUCGCUAUACCUCACUGAUUCUCAGGCAGCGAAAGCUGAAAACUCCAGCAAAGAUUGAUCCAGAGAAGUUUGUUCUUGACGAACUUUGCAUCGAUCUUAAGUCGUUCAACCAAAGCCUCCAUCUUGGCGUGGAUGAAUCCUACCGCCUCCAAAUCCCUGAUCCUCUCAAUUCCAAGGCGGCAUUGCUCCAGGCAAGAACUGUUUAUGGAGCUCUUCGAGGACUCGAGACCUUUAGCCAGAUUUGCAGCUACGAUGUUCUCGCGAGAGAGAUUCUUGUACAGGACUGUCCGUGGGACAUUCUCGAUGAGCCCAGAUUUUUUUAUAGAGGGCUUCUGAUUGAUACUGCUCGACACUACUUACCACUAAAGACGAUCGAGAAUGUGAUCGACUCCAUGGCCUAUGCGAAGCUCAAUGUUUUGCACUGGCAUGUUGUCGACGAGGAAUCCUUCCCUUUGGAGAUUCCAUCUUUUCCAGAGCUUUGGAAAGGCUCCUUCUCAAUCACUCAGCGCUACAACCUCGAUGAUGCAAAAGCAAUAGUCGAGUAUGCUCGAUUGAGAGGUGUGCAUGUCAUGCCAGAGAUUGAUGUUCCUGGACACGCUCGCUCAUGGGGAGUUGGAUAUCCUGAGCUAUGGCCUUCUGAAAGCUGCACAACACCAUUGGAUAUCAGCAAAGAGUUCACCUUUGAGGUGAUAGAUGGCAUAUUUUCUGAUCUUUCAAAGGUUUUUCCAUUCGAGCUUUUGCAUAUCGGCGGAGACGAAGUCGACACAAGCUGCUGGCAAAUUGCGAGGCCCACAAAUAACUGGCUUGUAGAGCAUAAUUUUACAGCAGCAGAAGCGUACGAGUUUUUUGUACUCCAAGUCCAAAAGCUGGCCAUGAAACAUGGUUAUGUUCCCGUCAACUGGCAAGAACCAUUUGAAAAAUUUGGACAAAGUUUGUCAAGGAAGACAAUUGUCCACAACUGGUGGGGACCUCAAAUCGCUCCCGAUGUUGUCGAGUCGGGCCUCAAGUGCAUAGUCAGCGAGCAAUCUUCGUGGUAUUUGGAUCAUAUUGAGAUACCAUGGGAGAAGUUUUACUCCAAGGAGCCAUUCGACAACGUCACCAGCGAAAUUGAACAGGAGCUUAUUAUUGGAGGCGAAGUUUGUAUGUGGGGUGAACAAGUUGAUGCAAGCAAUAUCCAGCAAAAAAUAUGGCCAAGAGCAGCAGCAGCUGCAGAGAGGCUUUGGAGCCCAUCCAAAGUCACAAGUUUGGGUCCUGAAAAUGCUGCUCCCAGGCUUGAAUUCUUCAGAAGCUUGCUGAAUGAAAGGGGCAUAGCUGCAUCUCCUCUGCACCCACAACAAAGGCGAGACUCGCUGCAGCCUCCAGAUCUUCCAGAUUCAAGUUCAACAAUGGUGAAUCUAUCAAUGGACACUGAUCAGAGGAUUGGAAGCGAAGAAAUCGACCAGAACUUUUCCACUGAUCAUGCCUUGGCUCCCAGCGCUAUUGAAGAAGCUCUUGUGAGCGGGGCUGAUUUUUCUCCUGGUUUUUCUUCUUUCAAGUGACAAAUAAAGUUAUCACAGUAAGUAA